AUGUUGUUGAAUUUUCGAAUUGUCAAAUUUGCUUAUCCUGACCCGUUAUUGCAGCGUAUUACGGAUGACACUGAUUUACGAGAAGAUUCAACGGAAUCUACUCAAUCAAGUGUUAGCAACGCUGAUGUAUGUAGAGAUCUAUUAACGGCUGGUUCACCAAAUACCAAUGAGCUUAAACCGUUGACAGAUUUUAGAAGAACUGUAUCAGCAAUUGAAUUUCGCCGUUCACCUGAUAAUUCCACCAGUGAUAUCCCAACCAGUUGCAUACUUCGAAUUGAAAAGAAACUUUUCGAUUACUUCAAUCACAAACGAUUGUUGAAUGAAUGGCAGGGCUAUUUGGAAGAUGAUCGAGAAGUACACAAUUUCCCAUACCUGCGUGAACUUAGCAUUAAUUUUCCACCUAC